AUGCGCUUCCUUGUACGUUACAUUUCCCUUAUUCCGCUUGUGGUCAUGGGAGUAUUCUUGUAUUCCGAGAUGCUACUGAUCUCACUGGAUGAUCACGAAAAGGCAUUCAGUAGGGUGGCCAAGGCAUUUGCUGACUGGCGAUCAUGCAUGACAACUCAGUUGGAUGAGGUGCAGCAUAAGCCUCUCAAGAUGUUUCUUCAAUUCCAAAAAAUUACGACUUUCUGCACGAUUACCACCAAACUUCGCAAUAUCAAGCUCGUUUCUAUCCGAAAUAAAGACGAAGUCAAACACUGUAUCCUUAGCCAUGACAGAGAUCCCCGUGUUAUCGUGACGUUAGGUGUCGGUACAGACAUAAGAGCUGAGCGCGAAUUACAACAACUACUUCCAGAGGGGUCAGAAUUCUUUGGAGCUGAUCCGGUGGCAACGCCGAAUGCCGAUAUUUUCAGCGAAAUUGGGACAUUUUUUCCAGUGGCUGUCAGUGAUCGCUCUGGUCUCGCACGUUCUAUCAUUCGAGCAGAUAAUGGUAAUUGUAAUAAUUAG